UCUAUCUUUCUCUCUCUAAAACUCUGAAGAAUCUCUGCACAACGAACAAAAGAAUUUACUGGAUAAACACGUCAAAGCCUCUCUCUCUCUCUCUCGGUGCAUAGUUGUUUCUCAUGGCUGUGCUUGUCAAUCACUAUACUUCACCCCCACACUACAUUUAUUAUUACAUUUAUGUCCCGUGUGUCUUCUUCGUCUCUCUCUCUUCUUCUCUCUACUACUACUCUACUCUCCUCUACUACUACUACUACUACUACUACUACGCACUCUUCAAACUCUCAACCACUUCGCUCCUAGGGUUAGGGUUUCUUCUUCCUCCUCCGCUCCGCCUUUCUCGCUCUCGUUGUGGAGUUCGAAGUGGUUCGAUUCUUCAAUUUGCAGGUGAGAAGAAGAAAGCAUAUGCGUUUAUGGAGGUUGGAGAUGUAAUUUCUUAUUAGUGGGUCCUGAAAUUUGAAUUUGGUGGUGUUUGAAAGGGCCUUAAUUUUGAAAUGAUGGAUGGGCGGCGACAUUCAGUCGAUAUCCCUAUCUCGAAAACUUUGUUAGCACUUCGGAGAGUGAAGUCACUUAGGGAUCCAUCAACUAACUCCAUGGGCAAAUUUUCUACUUUUGUUGACAAUUUGAAUUGGGAUAUCAACUCCAUUAAUGCGAUCAAUCUAGGAUUUGUAAACAGUUGUGAAGAAGAUGGCAUUGCUAAUAAACAUGCUUCGGGACCAAAAGAUCUAGGCUUAAAGGGUCAAAAGGAGGAAAAUGUUACUGAUCUUGAUCUGCUUAAUGGCUUCAAAAAACGCAACUCUAAGUUAACUUCACGUGAGAAUUCAGUUUGGGUUGGAAACACAAGGUCUGUUCCAACGAGGACCAAGCAGGUCGUAGCUUCCAAGCAUUGUGGAUCAAAUUAUGAAGUGGUUUGUGAAAACAAAUCAUUGAAUGAAAGAUAUUGCAAUGACUAUACGGAUAAAGGAUUGGACUUGACAUGCAUCACACCUUCCAAUGAUUGUUUGGAAGGGGUAGUUUCAUGUAAUGAACCAACUGAAAGAUCCUUACAGGCAGAAAGAUUACAUCAUAAUGCCUCAAAUCGGAAAACCCGAUACCGAAAGCAAAUUAGAUCAUCUAGAGCAGUGGUGGGUGACAUUGUGAGCCGUGUUGGCAGUCCGUGCUUGUCCAUUACUGAUGCUUUGGAAGGGUCAAGUUGUGGCACAUCAUUAUUUGGAAACGGAGAUGUUGAUGUUGUAGACCACAAUCACCGUGGAUGCGGGAUAAGCUGUUGGUCAGGAACCCCAAGAUUUAGGGAAUCAAAUAUUCCUUCUGAUGUAGAAGGCCAGCCACUGCUAUCAGGUGAAGUAGAUGAGACACUUCUCUCUGGAAAAAGAAAGAAUAGGAAACAUAGAAAUAAUGAAAUUGCUCUUUGUUUAGAGACUCCCCAGACUUUCAGUCAGAAAUUCAGGCCAAAAUCCUUCUGUGAAUUGGUAGGCCAAAAUGUAGUUGCAAGGUCUCUCCUAACUGCCAUCCUAAAUGCAAGGAUAAGUUCCUUUUAUCUUUUUCAUGGGCCCCGUGGUACAGGUAAAACUUCUGCCUCAAGAAUUUUUGCUGCUGCAUUGAAUUGUCUCUCAGUUGAGGAGAAUAGGCCUUGUGGUCUGUGUCAAGAAUGUUGUUUUUUCUUCUCUGGAAGGAGCAGGGAUGUUAAGGAAGUAGAUUCAGUGAGAAUCAAUCGCAAGGAUAGGGUUAGAUCUCUUGUUAAGAAUGCUACCAUCCCUCCAGUCUCCUCACGAUUUAAGGUUUUCAUCAUUGAUGAGUGCCACUUGUUGCGAGCGGAAACAUGGGCAACUGUUUUGAAUAACCUAGAAGACUUCUCUCGACAUGUUGUCUUUGUAAUGAUUACUCCUAACCUUGAUAAGCUGCCACGAAGUGCAGUGUCACGGUCCCAAAGGUACCAUUUUCCCAAGAUAAAAGUAGCUGAUAUUGCAAGCAGACUAGGAAAAAUCUGUGGGAAAGAAGGACUUGAGUUCGAGCUGGUUGCUUUGGAUUUCAUUGCUACAAAAUCUAAUGGUUCACUUCGGGAUGCAGAAAUGAUGCUUGAGCAACUGAGUUUGAUUGGAAAAAGAAUUACUAUACCUUUGGUAUAUGAACUGAUUGGAAUUGUUUCUGAUGAUGAGUUGCUGGAUUUAUUGGAUCUAGCUUUGUCAUCUGACAGUUCAAAUACGGUUAGAAGGGCUAGGGAGCUAAUGAGAUCAAAGAUAGACCCUAUGCAACUGAUAUCACAGCUGGCUAAUCUAAUAAUGGACAUUCUUGCUGGAAAAUGUCAGGAAGGUUCUUCUGAAGUUAGAAGAAAGUUUUUCAGUAGACACGCUUCUGAAGCAAGUCUGCAGCAACUUAAUCAUGCAUUGAAAAUACUUUCUGAAACUGAGAAACAAUUGAGGACAUCUAAAAGUCAGACAACAUGGCUUACUGUAGCUCUUUUACAGUUAAGUUCUGUGGGAUGUUCUUUCUUGGAUGCAAAUGAUUUCAGGUUAUGUGAGAGAACAGUUCACCCAAGAGAUGGUGAUUUUUGCAGUACCUCGUCUGCAAGUGAGAGUUUGAAGCAUCUUAUCACUUGUGCAUGUCACAAUAAUGAAUCACGUAAAUUGGGGAUUCAGGAUGGCAAAGAAACACUGGAGUCCAUAUGGAAGAGAGCUAUAGUGAUAUGCCAAUCCAAUUCACUCAAAAACUUCCUAAGGAAACAGGGGAAGCUGUCUUCCAUUAGUUUUAGCCGAGACCAUAUCUCAGGUAUGGCAGUGGUUGAUUUGGAAUUUCAUCAUCCUGACUAUGUAAACAAGGCUGAGAAGUCAUGGAAAUUGAUUGCAAAUGCCCUUCAGUCUGUACUGGGUUGUAAUGUGGAGAUGAGGAUCUAUCUUGUGCACUGUGCUUCUGUGACAAAGUAUGCCAAAAUGAAGAAACUAUCCUUCAGCUUGUUCAGUUGUUCCCGCAGAAUGCGCCAUGAAUCACAGUCCACCACGGGACGUGGAAGUGACCCGUCAGAUAAUUCUGAUGUCACCUGUGAAAAAGCCAUUAUAAGGGACAACUAUGUCAAGACUUGUUCCUCCAAUUGUGGGUCUCAAAUCCCUCAGAACUGCUGUCAGAGAAAAGAAGCGGCAAGCACUAUAAGGAACAAUGAAGGAAAUGCACUAAGCAUUGGAAUGACAAUGUCCCAUGGAUUAUUACCAGAUCACAUUCCAAGGCAUUCUGUGGAUGCUGAUUCUUCCAGAGAAGAGAGAAGCAAAUGCGAAUGCCAGGCUAUAUUUGCUCAAGAGGCAGAGAAGCAGCCAAGCUGCUGUUUCUCUGGAUUUCUGAAGCUUCAUAAAAAGAUGCAGUCAUCGGACACUUUUCAGAGUACCUUUACAAGGUUCCAACCACAAAGCAACCUUGCAUUGUCUAUCCCCAGAAAGCAUUCUACUGAAGCAUAUUUGGGUGCCAAUGAUCGUCAAGUUAACUGCUCCAGGGAAGAGGAUGGCAAACCAAGGGAGGACAUAAAGAUGCUAUGUUGGAGAACCCCCAUGUUUCCCUUUAGGAAGGCUUGGCAAUUGAAGCUUCAAGAACAAAGAGCACAAUUGGUGAAGGGGGUUCUACCUUCUGUGGCUGCUGAGUAGUUGUGCAGUAUACCAAUAGAAACAAAACUCUAUGAUUAUAUAGCAUAGGUACUUCAUAAGGUUAUAUUAUUAUCUUGCAGAUUAAACCUUGAACAAUAUGAUCUGUUAGUCUUCUCAUUUUUUGUGAUGUCUCAACGUGUAUAGCAUUACAGUGAUGAAACUGUGUGUCGUGAGACAUGCUUAUGCUUCAGAAACAAAUUAAUUGUUUUUGGAUAAA